AUGAAUCGGACAUCACCAACAACGAUAGCUUCCAUCACAAUUUGUGUUUGCUUUCAGACUCCACCGUUACAACAUCGCACCACAACACCAGCCCUGAGCCACCACCACACUGCCUUCGCAACAGCCCAGAACCACCACUAUACCACCACUGUUGCCUAUAUCAUCUGCGUAGUAGGCCUAUUUCAAAGACUUGAGAACACCUUGAACUAUGGACUUGAAAGGGUUUGGGUUGUUGGAUACAUGAAAGGUUCACGUCAGAUUGUUAUUGGCUAUAAUGAAGGAACCAUAAUGGUGAAAAUUGGACGUGAAGAGCCUGUAGCCAGCAUGGACAAUAGUGGAAAAAUUAUAUGGGCUAAACAUAAUGAAAUUCAUACUAUUAACAUCAAGAGUGUGGGAGCUGAUCAUGAGGUUUCUGAUGGAGAGAGGCUGCCUUUAGCAGUUAAAGAACUGGGAACAUGUGAUAUUUAUCCACAAGUUUCGUUUUUUAGUGAUGAUGAAGAGACUACUAGCACACCAAAAACAGAUGCUCUUUUUAUUCCAAGGGAGAAUCCAAGAGCUCUGGUUAUUCGCCCUCUUAAACGAUGGCCUGGCAAAUCAUCUGCUGAAAAAUUAAAAAACGCAUCUUCUCCAGCACAAACAAAUGGUGAUUACACUGGGAACCAUUCUGAAAAUGGAACCCUAAAGGAACAAACACCAAUCAAAACCCCCCAAAAACAAAACGGAGGAUGUGAUGGUGGCGAGAUGGAAGAUGGCUUUGAGUUUAUCGUUAAAAACAAAGGCAUCAACAUUGAGGUGGCUUACCCAUAUCAAGCAACAGAUGGAACCUGCAACACCAAGGAUGAAGUUGUCCAUGCUGCCACCAUUACUGGGUAUGAAAAAGUGCCAGCCAACAGUGAAUCCGCAUUGUUACAGGCAGUCGCUAAUCAACUCCUAUCAGUUGCCAUUGAUGCCAGUGGCAUGGGUUUCCAGUUCUAUUCAGGUGGCGUGUUUACUGGGGAUUUUGGAACUGAUCUUGACCAUGGUGUUACAAGCUUAUUGAAUCAAAUGGAGUUAUAUGUGGUUGUGUAUAUACUUGCAAUCUUAGGCUUGGAUAGUCUACAAGGAAUCAUGCUGGAUCAAGGCAGCUGUAUUGAUACCUGUUGUACUUUUUGCAGGAAGGUGUGGAUUGCAUAUAAGGAAUCAAGGUAUGAAAAGCUGCAAUGGUGGGAUGAUGCCCUUAAAGCAUACAUUGCAAAAUCUGCUCAAGCAACAAGUCAACGUCUUAUCUUGGAUGCUACACUAGGUAAUUCAUAUUGUAGUGUAUUUAUUCCAAAUCCCAAAUUCUUUGGAUGGAGAAAAGGGUCACAAGAAUUAUCGGAGCAGGGGUUCAAUAUUAGUCUUAAAGAAGUAUGA